AAGGUAUCCAUUCAGUCACCCCAAACAGAUCUUGUCAGUACAUAUGCUUGAUGAUGAAACUCCCGCCUGACUUGUGCCUUCUUGGGGGCUUAUCUUUCUCAGUGGGCAGACACCCGUGUUCCCUCGGAUCUUCGGUCAUGAGGCUGGAGGCAUUGUAGAAAGUGUUGGAGAGGGUGUAACUGACCUUGCCCCUGGUGACCAUGUCCUCCCGGUAUUCACUGGGGAGUGCAAGGAGUGUGCCCACUGCAAGUCGGCAGAGAGCAACAUGUGCGAUCUGCUCAGGAUCAACACUGACCGGGGUGUGAUGAUUGGUGAUGGCAAAUCACGGUUUUCCAUCAAUGGGAAGCCAAUCUACCAUUUUGUUGGGACUUCCACCUUCAGUGAGUACACUGUCAUGCAUGUUGGUUGUGUUGCAAAGAUCAACCCUGAGGCUCCCCUGGACAAAGUUUGUGUUCUUAGCUGUGGUAUUUCUACUGGUCUUGGUGCAUCAAUCAAUGUUGCAAAACCACCAAAGGGUUCGACAGUCGCUAUUUUUGGUCUAGGAGCUGUUGGCCUUGCUGCCGCAGAAGGUGCAAGGAUUGCUGGAGCAUCAAGGAUCAUUGGUAUUGACCUGAACGCCAACAGGUUCGAAGAAGCUAAGAAGUUUGGUUGCACUGAAUUUGUGAACCCAAAAGACCACAACAAGCCAGUGCAGGAGGUACUCGCUGAGAUGACCAAUGGAGGGGUUGACCGUAGUGUGGAGUGCACUGGUAACAUAAACGCCAUGAUCCAGGCAUUUGAAUGUGUUCAUGAUGGGUGGGGUGUUGCUGUGCUGGUGGGUGUGCCACACAAGGACGCCGAAUUCAAGACGCACCCGAUGAACUUCCUGAACGAGAGGACCCUAAAGGGAACCUUCUUCGGCAACUACAAACCGCGCACUGACCUGCCCAAUGUGGUUGAGCUGUACAUGAAGAAGGAGCUGGAGGUGGAGAAGUUCAUCACCCAUAGCGUGCCGUUCACGGAGAUCAACAAGGCCUUCGACCUAAUGGCUAAAGGAGAGGGCAUCCGCUGCAUCAUCCGCAUGGAGAACUAGAUUUUGCUUUUUUUCUCUGGUUGUCUGGUCUGGGUUGGGUUAAAUAAAAGGGGCAGUGUCCUCUGUGGAUGUGGAGCCACGCUUGUGUGUAUCACGUCCAGUUUGGCCUUGUCCAUCAGGAGAAGUAGCUUGCACUUUUUUUUUCGUAAAUACGCAACAGCGUUGCGUAUCAUUGUAUUAUAAGAGGAUAGAAGUUUUAACAUUAAUAAAAUACAAGAGUGGCCGUUCUCGGCCUGACCGAAGAAGCUUGCACUUGCAGUGUCUGUAAUUAUCUAUCUGUGGGCAUUAGAGUCUCGCGAACUUGCUCGGCGUAAUAUAUGGUUUGGUAUUCAUUCAGUCUA